ACACUUCCGGCUUCCGCUCCGCCCACCCCCUAGUACUUCCGUUCUCCAGCGCUGGGCACCGCGGCCGGAGCUGUGGGCUGGCAGCCAUGGGUGCCAGGCAGUGCUGAGAGCAGUGGGGCAUGGCUGCAGCCCUGCAGGUCCUGCCCCGCUUGGCCCGAGCCCCCUUGCAUCCACUCCUCUGGCGGGGCUCAGUGGCCCGUCUGGCCAGCAGCAUGGCCUUGGCAGAGCAGGCCAGGCAGCUGUUUGAGAGUGCUGUAGGUGCAGUGCUGCCGGGCCCCAUGCUGCACCGGGCACUAUCCUUGGACCCUGGUGGCAGACAGCUGAAGGUGCGGGACCGGAACUUUCAGCUGAGGCAAAACCUCUACCUGGUGGGCUUUGGCAAGGCUGUGCUGGGUAUGGCAGCUGCAGCUGAGGAACUACUGGGCCAGCAUCUUGUGCAGGGCGUGAUCAGCGUUCCCAAGGGGAUCCGUGCUGCCAUGGAGCGUGCCGGCAAGCAGGAGAUGCUGCUGAAGCCACAUAGCCGUGUCCAGGUAUUCGAGGGUGCGGAGGACAAUCUCCCGGACCGCGAUGCGCUGCGGGCUGCACUGGCCAUCCAGCAACUGGCCGAGGGACUCACAGCUGAUGACCUGCUGCUCGUGCUGAUCUCAGGUGGGGGUUCAGCUCUGCUGCCUGCCCCCAUCCCACCUGUCACACUGGAGGAGAAGCAGACACUCACUAGACUGCUGGCAGCCCGUGGAGCCACCAUCCAGGAGUUGAACACCAUUCGGAAGGCCCUGUCCCAGCUCAAGGGUGGGGGGCUGGCUCAGGCCGCCUACCCUGCCCAGGUGGUGAGCCUCAUCCUGUCAGAUGUGGUGGGGGACCCUGUGGAGGUGAUUGCCAGUGGCCCCACCGUGGCCAGUUCCCACAAUGUGCAAGAUUGCCUGCAUAUCCUCAAUCGCUACGGCCUCCGUGCAGCCCUGCCACGUUCUGUGAAGACUGUGCUGUCUCGGGCCGACUCUGACCCCCAUGGGCCACACACCUGUGGCCAUGUCCUGAAUGUGAUCAUUGGCUCUAAUGUGCUGGCGCUAGCUGAGGCCCAGCGGCAGGCCGAGGCACUGGGUUACCAGGCUGUGGUGCUGAGUGCAGCCAUGCAAGGUGAUGUAAAAAGUAUGGCCCAGUUCUACGGGCUGCUGGCCCAUGUGGCUAGAACCCGCCUCACCCCAUCCAUGGCUGGGGCUUCUGUGGAGGAAGAUGCACAGCUCCAUGAGCUGGCAGCUGAGCUUCAGAUCCCAGACCUGCAGCUGGAGGAGGCUCUGGAGACCAUGGCACGGGGAAGGGGCCCAGUCUGCCUGCUGGCUGGUGGCGAGCCCACAGUACAGCUGCAGGGCUCGGGCAGGGGUGGCCGGAACCAGGAACUGGCCCUGCGUGUUGGAGCAGAGUUGAGAAGGUGGCCGCUGGGGCCGAUAGAUGUGCUGUUUUUGAGCGGUGGCACCGAUGGGCAGGAUGGGCCCACAGAGGCUGCUGGGGCCUGGGUCACACCUGAGCUUGCCAGCCAGGCUGCAGCUGAGGGCCUGGACAUAGCCACCUUCCUAGCCCACAAUGACUCACAUACCUUCUUCUGCCGCCUCCAGGGUGGGGCACACCUGCUGCACACAGGGAUGACAGGUACCAAUGUCAUGGACACCCACCUCUUGUUCCUGCGGCCUCGGUGAUGGCAUAGGUCACAUUUUGGGAGUUCAGAGGAGGCCUACAAGGGCAAGGUCAGAUGGCAGAGCAAGGUUGGUCCUCAGGGCCUCUCUAAGCCUUAGGGCCCCUCCUCUCCUUGGCCUUGGCUGUUUGGUUAACUGUCACCUUCCACUCAGGGCCUCUGCUCUAUAUCUAUUCCCUUCCAGCCAGACUGGCAGAUGGGGGCUUCCCCCUACCCCUGAGGAUGAGGACAAGCCCCUCGGCCAGUUCAGUGUUCCCGUGCUUCUCCCUUGGGCAGCCUCUCUCUUGAGCCCCUCACCCUGUUUCUUUCUGUGAAGCGAGAAUGUCUGAAAAUAAAUAGGACCAUGCCAUGGGUUCUCA